AUGGAAGCUUCUGCUGCAAUGGGCAGUCCACUAAGCGGCUCAAUCACAUCCACAGAGAUCAGUUAUGCCUCGCGUUUCUACCCCGUAUCGCACCCGGAUCACACGUCUGAAACACGCAGUAGGCGGCCAAACGGUCUCUGCACCGACGGAAACCCAGUUCUGGGGCCAUAUGGACUCAUCGACCUGGCGGCGAAUCUACGGAACUCACCUUCUAUGACCUUCUUGACACUGCCCCCCGACCCCAACACCGAAGCUCUAACGGAUUCAUACAGGGGCCUUGAAACUGGGGUCAUAAAUGUCGCUCUUCGAAACAGUGUGGGUGUCUACGAAGAAGAGGUCGCUCAGAGGAUGCUCGACACUUUGAACCUGACCGGUGUCCUAACGAUUGGCUGCUACCGCGUGGGAACCAACAGCAAUGCUAGCGAAUGCCUGCCAACAGUCCUGGUCGAGGUCUAUCGAUUCGUAAAGCGCAACUGA